AUGCCCAUGGACACGCUGGCCCCUGGGUCCCCUGCUGCCCCAGCCCUACCUCUCCGCCUGCGGACCAAGGUCCCUGGUUACCUGCGGCGGCCAGCAGAUGGUGGAGCUCGGAAACUCAGUGCUGUGGAGCGCCUGGAGGCGGACAAAGCCAAGUAUGUCAAGAGCCUGCAUGUGGCUACCACCCGCCAGGAGCCUGUCCAACCCCUACUGUCCAAACAGCCCCUUUUCAGCCCUGGGACUCGCCGCACAGUGCUCACGCCUAGUCGUCGAGCCUUGCCUGGCCCUGGCCGCCGACCCCAACUGGACCUAGACAUCCUUAGCAGUCUCAUCAACUUGUGUGAUAGUCCCGUGUCCCCUGCUGAGGUCAGCCGGACCCCUGGGCGGGCCGAAGGAACCCUCCAGGACCUCCCAGCUACACCCCCACGGCCACAACUCAGCACAGCUGCAGUCCGCCGAGUAGACGUCCGUCCCCUGCCUGCCUCCUGUGUCCAGCCCUGCCCAUCACCAGGGAGUGCCGCUGCCGCCAGUCCGGCCUGGCCACCGGGUUUGCAGCGCUCCAAGUCAGACCUGAGUGAGCGCUUUUCCAGGGCAGCAGCUGACCUUGAGCGGUUUUUUAACUUCUGUGGCCUGGACCCAGAGGAGGCACGGGGACUGGGUGUGGCCCACUUAGCGCGGGCCAGCUCGGACAUCGUGUCUCUGGCCGGGCCCAGUGCUGGACCAGGCAGCUCCGAAGGGGGCUGCUCCCGACGCAGCUCUGCCACGGCUGAGGACCGAGCCCGGGAACGCGUCCCUUAUGGCGUGUCAGUGGUAGAGCGCAAUGCGCGUGUCAUCAAGUGGUUGUACGGGUUGCGGCAGGCACGGGAGACCCCGGCAGUCGAGUGCUAG